UCCGGUGUCUUGGCGAAUCUCUUUUCCGAGCAGGCCGGUAUCUGGGCUUGUAUAUAACCCAGAGGGUUGUUCACAUAGGUGUACGAUGGAAAGCAUCAAAGCAAGCACAAGCCAACAUCUGGUUUACCAUCUGCAUACAGCAACAGCCGUCCCUACCCCCUCUCCAUGAUGCGCACCCUAACAUUCUUGGCCUCCUGCGCCUCUCUGGCCAUCGCGCAGUCGGGCUCGCUACAGCAAGUGUUGAGCGAAGGCGGGCUUACCGACUACCUCAACCUGCUCCAAAGCGUCAACUCGCCGGUCUUGACCGAGGGCACCAACCUCAUUGUCUAUGCCACCAUAAACGCCGCGUUCAACGGCAACUCGACCAUCAAACGCCGCGACGAGGCUGCCGAAAAUGCAGCCUUGGCGGCAAUCCAGACUUCCAACAGCGAAGCAACGUCGAGCGCGAAAAAGCGGGACGCGAGUCUUAGUUGCGGGCCCGGGGUCGCGCGGCGGACUUGGCUCAGCGACCCUCGCUGGGUGAACCUGGGUCCCGGACGCAACCAGACCGUGGUGGAGAAGCAGCUGGCCUCCUCAGGGCCCGUCGUCCUCACCGGCUUGGGAGAAGGCAUCAGGGUGACGGGCUCGGAGCUUCGUUUCGACCGCGGAGUGGUCUACCCCAUCGCAGACUUCUUCAAACUGCCGGCGACCGUAUCUGAAACGCUCCCUUUUGUCGGUGCCGAAAAGUUCAAAGCUGCCCUGGACCGGGCAGGAAUCCUCCCCGGGCUGGACAACACGACCGCCAUCACCGUCCUUGCGCCCAGCGACAGCGUUUUUGCCAAGGCCGGAAACUGGACUGCUGCCCAGCUGAAGCAGCACAUCAUCGUGGGGCACGUGAUUUAUAGCACGCAGUUCCGGGAUGGGCAGGUUCUGCCCACGCUGGGCGGAGGCUCUGUGACCGUCUCGGUGCAGGGUGGCAUCAUCAGCGUUGGCGGGGCGCGCAUUGUGGCGAGCGACGCCAUUAUAAAGAACGGUGUUAUUCACACCAUUGGCAAUGUCCUGAAGCCCACGACACCCACCCCGGUGCCGUCGACUGUGCCGGUUGCGGCCGGAGCUAUGCUAAGGCCACUGGUAUGGCAGGCCAUGGUUAUCGGCUUUGCGGUGAUGCUUGGGCAGUGGUAAUGUGAGCAACCUUGGCUAGAGAGGAGGUUGGUAUUUGUGACGAAAUCUUACGACGGGCUUAAUGGUCUUUGCUAGCGUUGAGGGAUUUCCUUGCAACUGGGCGUAUUUGAGAUAAUAUGAGAUCCGAUGCCGCG